CCUUUUUCCAGAGAGCACGCGGGCGACACGGUCACACGGAGCACAAAACCGACCCCGAAAUGCUCCUCCGCCGCUCUCACCACUCCCCUCGCCGCGCUCCUCUCCUCCCCGUCCUUCACCGUCUCACCAUGUGUAGCUCCGCUCCCGCCUCCACCUCUCCGCCGCCGGCAUCGUUGGCUGCCGUCGACUACCACUGCCGCACCAAGCACAGCCUCACCGCCGGCUACGCGCGCGGCCCGGGCCGCCUCGACUGGGCCAACCAGCCCAAUCCCUUCCUCCGCUUCUCCCCUUCUCCCGUAAUCCCUCUCCCCAACCCGCCUCCUCCGGUGGCCUCGCGCGUCCACUACCCGGCCCUCUUCCACUCCCCGCCCCCGCCGCCGCAGCCGCUCUCGCUCGACUCCCUCUCCGACCUCCUCUUCCACUCCCUCGCCCUCUCCGCCUGGAAGUCCGCCGGCGCCUCCACAUGGUCCCUUCGGGUCAACCCCAGCAGCGGAAACCUCCACCCGACCGAGGCCCACGUCCUCUUCCGGGACCCGGAAGACCCCGGCCGUCUUGUUGUCUCCCACUACGCGCCCCGGGAUCACCUCCUCGAGAUUCGCGCCACCGUGCCCGCCACCAGCGACUGCUCAGCGCUUCUGCCGCCGCCGGCGACUGCGGUCCUGGCGCUGUCGUCCAUCUUCUGGCGGGAGGCCUGGAAGUAUGGAGAGCGGGCGCUGCGGUACUGCAACCACGACGCCGGCCACGCUCUCGCGGCCGUGGCGAUAGCUGCCGCCACGCUUGGGUGGGAUGCGCGGGUGCUCGACGGCCUGUCUGAUCAAGAUCUCGGAAGGCUGGUGGGGGUGGACAAAGGGUGCCCUGCUCCUCCUGAGGGGAUACCGGACAAAAUGGUGAGGGGCAAGACGCCAUGGGUGGAGAGGCAUCACCCAGAUUGCGCUGUUCUGUUGUUCCCUGCUGGCUCGGAGCCUGAGGUGGACUAUGCGAGGAUGAGCCAGGCGCUGAGGGGAUUUCAUGGGUUGGAGUGGGUAGGCAAUUCGAAUGGGCUUAGUAAGGAUCAUGUGGUGUGGGAUGUCAUAUACCGCACGGCGGAGGCAGUCAAGAAGCAUGGUCCUAAGCCUGGUGAGCGGUUUUCAGUAAGCCCAUGGCGCAUGAGUGCAGAGUUAUCAGAACGGCUAUAUAAGGAACUGACGGUGCAGGAGGUGGUGCGGCAGCGGAGGAGUGCGGUUGACAUGGACGGGAUGCACGUAAUGCGGAAGGAAGAAUUUUAUCAGAUACUGCUGCAUUGCUUGCCAUCAGGUGAGGUUAGCUUGGGGGAGCAGCAGGGGCCACAGAGUGCUCUGCCAUUUCGUGUCUUGCCAUGGGACGCAGAGGUGCAUGCCGCAUUGUUCAUCCACCGCAUCUCAGGGUUACCCAAGGGGCUGUAUUUCUUGGUGAGGAAUGAGGAGCACUUGGAUAAACUACGACGUGCUAUGAGACAGGAUUUUGAGUGGGCUCGACCAGAGGGGUGUCCUGAUGGCCUCCCGUUGUAUAGGCUAAUGGAAGGGGAUUGCCAGCGGUUGGCAAUGCAGAUAUCAUGCUUGCAGGAUAUUGCCUCUCAUGGAUGUUUUAGCCUUGGAAUGAUUGCUCGAUUUGAACCUGUGCUGCAUGAGAAAGGUGAAUGGAUGUAUCCCCGUUUAUUCUGGGAGACUGGUGUUCUUGGUCAAGUUCUCUACCUUCAGGCCCAUGCUGUUGGGAUAUCGGCCACAGGGAUUGGCUGCUACUUUGAUGAUGCUGUUCAUGAGGUACUUGGCUUAAAAGACCUCGAAUUCCAAAGUCUGUAUCAUUUUACAGUGGGUGCUCCUGUGGUUGACAGGAGGAUUUUGAGUCUCCCUGCAUACCCAGGUCCAGGUAUUGAUGCAUGAUUCCUAGGUCCAGGGGUUCUUGCAUACCCCCCAGUACCCCACGGAUCAACAUUCCAGUGCCAGGAUGAAACAGGAGUACCUGUUUCUUGUAUAGUAAGCAUAGCAGUAGCAUUUUUCACCUUGUAGUUCCUAUAACUUUCAUUGGCUUAACCCUCUCAUGUUUUGUAGCGGUUGGCUGAGUGAAUGAAUCUUAUGAUCAUAACAUGAGUCUGUACUGACCUUCAAGCAGGCUCAGAAUGUUGAUACCGUGUAAUACAGAGCACAAAAGAGUGUGUUGCGAUGAACAUGCAGGCGAUCAAGAGAAAAGAAAAGGAUGCUCAGAGAUAUAACCUUUUGAACGAUGGAAUUGCUGUCGGAUUUCACAUUUUCUUGAUGUGUUUGUGGGCCCCUUUACUGAUCGGCAUAUACCUUUACUGGGUUCCUCGGAGCGAAAAUCUCAUCGAAGUCUAUUUUUCAUCUUUUUUCGUGCUUGUUUUUACUACUUAUGUAGGAUGGAGCGAAAAAAAACAUUAUAUAUACAGUACCUACUUAUCUGUGUCAAAAAUGUAUUAUUGUUUCAUUCGUAAUAUUUUUGCGAGAAAACAGAAGGAC